AUGGCAAUUACCAGAAGGUCUGGGAAACAUACUCACAAUGGCCCGUCCGCCAAUUCGUUCAGUUCCAUCUCGACCGAGCUGAGACAACAGCAACAAUGUUAUCCCGAGGGACGCAGAAGAUCCAAACGAAUAGUAGCCCUCACAUCCGCAAGAGCCAGACCUACUCGAUCGUCUGGGAAGCUACCGGCCAUACCGACAAACUCUGCUGUUGAUCUCAGCCAAGCCAGAUCACAUCGCCACAGGAACUCAGAUCUUUCCCAGCAUCGCGAGCGACCGUGCAAGUCCAUUUGUAACAACCGGGCCAAACGUCACAUAGGAAAUCUCAAAAGGUUUAACAUGGCAUGCGAACGUUCCGCCAACAAGACUUUGGCCAUAUGGGAAAGCUGGGAUGCCACCGAUGGGGAGUCGCCACUUAAGAUGAAGCGCAACGCUGCUCUCGUGACCACAGACAUUCAGACUUCCCAUGAUUUUAUUGAGCAUUUUGAAGAUGUGGGAGGAGAUAAUAAACCAAAGCUUUACAAGCACAAGACCAUUCAGCGGCUAAAUGAGAGUGUAUUAAGGAGGUCACUGGGACUUCCGAUAGGAAAACUAGCAAGAUUUGGUAGGGCUACGGGUAGAAUUAUAGGCAUUGGGAGCCUUUUUAUCGAAGGAGGAUGUCGACGAUGGAAGGAUUCUAACAAUCAAGAACAUGCCCGUCUUGAUGCCCUUGAGCCUGAUGGGGAUGUUGAGGUCGAACAACGUUUCUUGACUGUCGAAGCGAGUCGUGAUGGUGAUGUCUCUGAUCUGAGGAUCCGGUCCGACCAAAAAACGCGUCUCAUUGAUCCGUUGGAGAGUAAAAUGCCGUUAAACGUUACAUUUUCCUAUUCUGGACUAGUUAGCCCUUUCUCACGUCCCAAAAAUCUCAACGUGUUAUGUGAGAUCGGCAGAUUUCAUAAGCAACACAAUGCAAUAAUGGAGUUCCGAUUCGUGAACGAACACGACCCCGUUGCGCUGCGUCGACGUCGCCUACAAGCGCAACGCACCCAGAGAUACCGACAACGGCAAAAGGAAAAAGAAUGUAUUGAGCCCUCAAUUUAUCAGGUAGAGUCGUCUCAGACGGUCGACUCUGCCGCAGACAACUCUAUGGAACUCACUCAAAAUAGCGAGCUAGCUUUCGCUUGAUUGGCUA